ACCGACUUCAAAAUGUGUUCGUAUUUAAAACGUCCCGUUACUGCUUAACAAUUAAUUGUAUUCUAAUUCAUAUGAAUAUUUAUAGUGUGUUUAUUCAGUGAACCUUUGUACUCAUACGUUAACGUACGCACCAUGUGGUCAUUUUGGUCUUUAUUAGUAGUAACUAUUCUAUUUCUUUUAAAAUUCUGUGCAUAUAGUUUUCUCUUGCUGCUUGCUCUCGCUGUCGUUUAUAGACUAUGGGCGGAGCCUAUUAAAGGAGUGUGCAAGUGUACCACGAAGUUAUAUGGAAAGGUGGCUUUAGUAACUGGCGGUAAUGCAGGUAUAGGCCUCGAAACAGCCAAAAAUUUAGCGAAAAGAGGCGCUAAGGUCGUAAUCGCCAGCAGAAACGAUAUGAAAUCCCAAGAAGCUGUUGAAAUAAUAAAACGGGCCAGUGGAAACGACAACGUUGAAUACAGACAACUCAAUUUAGCAAAACAAGACAGCAUCGUCGAGUUCGCUGACAAAUUCAACAAAGAUUUCCACCGAUUGGACAUCCUCGUCAACAACGCUGGUGUCGGUGUAGUAAAAACGGCUAAUUUAGACAACGGUGUGGAUUUAUUGAUGCAAAUAAAUUACGUCGGACCUUUCCUUCUAACAUAUUUAUUGUUAGAAAAACUCGCUGCAUCCGCACCAAGUCGUAUCGUCAACGUUUCAUCCAACGGUUACAUCGUUGGUUUUAAGUUUAAACUCGAAGAUAUUACAAAAUGUUGGAAAACACACAACUUUUUUCGAUAUGCGAACGCAAAGCUGUGCGAAAUUUUGUGGACGAGAGAACUUGCUAAGAGACUUCCGCAAGGCGUCACUGUUAAUUGUUUACAUCCAGGAAUCAUAAUGACCAAUAUUUUUAACCACCUCAAUCUAUUUAUGAAGACAGUAAUCAAAGUUUUAGCGUUUUUAGUAUUUAAAAAUAUAACUGAAGGUGCACAAACCACAAUACAUCUAUGUGUUUCACCAAAUUUAGAACAUUCGUCCGGUGGUUACUACGUGGACUGCAAAAAAGUGAAAUGUAUAAAAAUAGCCGAAAAUGAUGAACUGGCUCGGCAAGUUUGUGAGAGAACGUUAGAAUUAUUAAAACUACCUACGAAAUAAGAUAUCAUCUUAAAAUUGUUAUUUUUUCUUGUAAAUUCUGCUCUGCUUUACAUUUGCUUUACAUAAAUACAUUUGGGUUUGUUGUUAGAUAAUUAUUACCUACUCGUAUGUAAAGUUAUCGGGUGCCUAAUUGGUUUGUUUGUAAACAUAAAUGGGGUUUUACAGGAAAGCCUUUUCCUUUAAAAAAAUUUAAAUUGUUAUACAAACACUCUUUAAAUACGAGGUAUUUUUAGGGCCCGAGCCUUUAUGCGAGGCUGCUAAAUAGAAACCGAAUUAUAUUAUAUUCAAUGUUCUAUUUUAAUUAAAAACCCACUAGACUGAAACCACUUGUUUUUCUCUUCUCCAUUUAUUAAAUUUUUCGUAAAUAUUUGAGUAAAUGCAUAUCGAUUUUGAUGGCAAAAGAUUGAAAAUAAUUUGUUUUCCUUUUUCUUCCAUUUGCAAAAAAUAGGGUCACCAUGUUACUGUAUGAAGACAUGACAACUAAUGUUGCGAAAUAAGUUACGGUCACAAUGAAUUUCUUUAUCAAUUCAAAUAAGAUCAAAGAAGAAUACUUAUUCGCGGCAAUUUUUGUUUAAAUUAUUUCUUCAAGAAAAAAGAAGAGGGUCUCAAUUCGACGCGUAUGUUGUUUUUUUUAUUUUUAAUGUUUGUUACCUUCUUCUUCAUUUAAUAUUUGGAGACGCAGCUCGCAACGCAAUAAAAAUAAAAUGAAAGAAAUUGACGCUGAAACUACUGAUUGAAUUUUAAAUUUGUGAAUAAGUUCAACCGUCAGUCCACA